AUGUGUUGGUGCUGGCCCUGUCGCAGUCCCUGUAUCUCCGUAGAAGAGGUUGAUCCUUCAGAGAAAUCGUAUUACAGAGCCCGUCCCAAUUCCAAGAAUGAUCUAUACGCACAAUCUACCAGUUCUAAGAAGAGCAAAUAUCUCUCCUCCGUGAGUAGUGUUAGCUCUGAUGGAAGCUCAAAGGCAUCAAGCUUGCCAAAGAGUUCCUCAAAACAUCACAUUACCCAAAGUACCAUCACGACCAGGACCACGACCACCAAUGGCCUUAGUACGCAGCGGACCCCCGAGAAAGCCCAAAAGAAACACAAGUCUCAUUCAAUCAACGCUGAUAUUCCACCAAAGCGGAGGCCCGAGACAGCUCCUAAUGGAGACAAGAAAUCAUCUCCAUCGAAAUCCCAACGUGGACGAAACCCAUCUACCUCUAGUAGUGAGAGAUCCUCUCGCUCAAAGUCACGGCGGGGAAGAAACCCAUCUACGGCUAGUAGCCAGAGGUCAUCCCCCUCAAAGUCUCAUCGAGAGAGACAUCCAUCUACUGCCAGUAGUGAGCGGACAAGCUCAUCGAAAACUCUGUACUCAGCAAAGGCAAAGUCGUCACGCGGUAGAAGGGAUAUCGAGAUAGAUCCUGCCAUAACGAAGAAGGCAAUCUCGGAAUCUGUUUCGUCUGGAUCCUCUACCUUGGUUGAAUCAGAGGAAGAAGACAUUUCCACGAAAAACCCUUCAUCAGAGACACUUCUUGAUGUGUCUCAGACUUCUCCUUCUCCUAUGCCCUCACUACGUCGCUCCCGACGCAAGCUCGAACGCAAAUACACCAACUCGGAUGGAAGAACAGAGGAUCCAAGAACAGAGGAUCCAAGAACAGAGGAUCCAAUAACUGUGACUAUCACACCCAGCGUUGCUAUGCACGAUGGCAGUAUAGAGAAUCCAAGAACGGAGGAUCUAAGCAUAGAGAGUCUACAAACAGAUAGUCCAAGCACAGGAAGUCCAAAAACAGAGAAUCGAAGAACAGAGAGUCCAAUAACAGAGAGUCGAAGAACAGAAAGUCCAAAAACAGAGAAUUCGACAACUGUGGCUAUCACAGCUAGUGCUGCUAUACGUAGUUCACCGCCUGAACGAAGGCGUCACCAGCCUACCACUCGGAGCACCCCAGCGGGAGCUUUUGAUCCAGUAGCGAGAAUGUCACAGGCACCCGUAGCUAAAGUGAAUACUCCCGCGCGGCGUCAACAUCGCACCACCGGGGCGCAGGCUUCUGCCCAAGAGGAACCUUUUAACCCACUACUUGGGAUGUCGUUCAACGAUCCUUCUGUUACUGAAACUGCCGUAGCAGACCCAGCAGCCGCAUGUACAGAUACCAAUCCUUCGACUUCAUCAACCCGUCGCCCGAAACUGGCCAAUGGCCCACGAUCCCCGGAGGAAUUCCAACAAGACAUAUCAAGCUUUGUUCAAGCCAUGAAACUUGAUGCAUUUUACUCAGAAAACGACCCCUACGUGCAGAAGGUGUCUGAUAGAGCGGCCGAACUUGUGAGGAGGAAGGCUACUAUAACGUCUGAUGACGAGAAAACUUGUAUACCUGAUAAUAUCGCCGGAAUGGCAAGGGUGGCUCUUUACGACGUCGUUUUACUCUGUGACGAUAGCUGCUCGAUGCAGCAAGACAGACGAACACCUGCGUUGCAAGAGAUGGUUAGACGUAUUGCCAAGAUUACCGGAUUGUUUGAGACAGAAGGAAUCAAAGUGAGAUGUAUCAACGACGGCGAAUUCAACAACAUUAGAACACUGGAGGACGUCGAAGCGAUCAUGUCAAAGAUAAUGUUCAAUGGUGUACGCACUAAAAUCGGAACUAGUCUGUGGGAUAAAAUAUUGAAGCCAUUGGUAUUUGACAAGAUCGACUCAAAUAGUCUCAUACGACCAUUACUAGUUUCAAUAAUAACAGACGGCGCGCCUCUGGGAGAGGAGUCUGAUGUCUUCAAAAACAUGAUUGCGAAAUGUAGAAGAGAACUAAGGGAGCGUGGAUAUGACCCUUCGCUUGUCGUAUUUCAAGUCAAUCAAGUCGGGAAUGAUAUCCAAGCGACAAGGUUUAUUCAUGGCCUUCACCGAUCUCGGAAUGUCUAUUGCACCUCAGAACUGCUUGAUAUGAAAAUUGAGAGUUUGAAAGGAAAUAACCUUCAACUAGAGAACUGGCUCGUUACGAGAUUGACUCAAGGAAUUUUUCCAACACCGGACCCAGACGAAUAG